GUAAGCUGCGCGCGCGCAUCUGAUAACGUAUAAUUGAACGUAACUGGCAUUCCAAGUAUUUGUUUAAGUUGUUUUAAAUAAUAUUUAUGAUUAAUUAAUAAAACAUUUAUAAGGAACAAUUUAAUAUUUUAGUGUUUAUAUUUAUUAUUAAAGUUUUCAAUAUAUAUUUUAUAUAUUUAAAUAAAAAUGGAAUUAAUUUAUAAAGUGAUCGCUUUAAUGUUUUUGUCGGAAGUGAUAUCAAGUGAGAAGGUUUUCAAAAGUGUCCCUGUGACUGUAAAAACGUAUGAAAACGAUACCGUUUUGUUGCCUUGCUAUGUGGAUGUUUCAGAAACAAAACACCGUGUCCGAUGGUACAAAAAUGACACGCUCCUCGGCGAUAGCCAGGACCCAAACUAUCUGUUGCCGCUGCACACGAGGAUGCACGCCAACUUCAGUCUGCAGAUAGAUGAGCUGUCAUCCAGUGACACAGCUGAUUAUACUUGUGAAGUUAUUAGACAAGAACCUUGGGGCCCAAUAAGACAAACACAUUCCAUAGAAGUACAGUAUGCUCCAACUGUACGAUCUGUACCCGAUGAAGGAUUUCUUGAAGUGAAGAAAGGUGAAUACGUCGAUAUCGGCUGUGAGACAACCGGCACGCCCACGCCUAUUGUUAAUUGGAGGAAAAAUGGCGAAUCAAUGGCCCUGUUGGAACAUCGAUCGCGAAUUCGAUUCAGAGCUGAGCACCGUUUGUUGGCCGGAGUUUACGAAUGUGUUGUCAACAAUGGAGUUGGAGAUCCGGUUAAGGCUGCCAUCACCGUUAUCAUACAAGAUGCUCCUGUUGUGACAACGGACCGAAGUUUUGUACACACAGCGCUAGGUUUGAGAGCAGUUUUAGCAGCUAACUUGGAGUUCUCUGUACCAUCAGCUCGCACCGCCUGGUACCGAGACGGGAAACUUGUAGGAACCGACGAUAGGGUGAUUAUAAUGGUGCAAGAUAAAUUACAUCAAUUAAUCUUCAGAACGGUACGAAAGACAGAUUUUGGCAAUUAUACAUUCAGAGCGGAAAACAAGCUUGGCAUGGCUGAUGUGUCUUUCAAAUUAACGGGUGUUCCGAAUGUUGCAUCAUUCAAAGUGGACCCAGCCCUUAACAAAGCGACUUCAACAAGCUUCACUCUGAUUUGGGAAGUGGAUUCUUACUCCACGAUCAUAGAAUAUCAUCUCUGGCUUCGUCCGUACUACGGCCGUCUAUCAACUGUUGAACCAGAUGCCUUCACGACGAAUCCUCCCGCUAAUUUGUGGAGCAGUAUCGUAGUACCUGGAGAUUCCAAUGACGGUCCGAUUCACAGCGCAGUAUAUACAGUAAGAGGUCUUACUCCAUCCACAGUGUACGAAGCUGUAGUUACGUCCAGAAAUAGGUACGGAUGGAGUAAGCAAUCUCCUGUCUUACAUUUUGCAACGGAGCCAGGAGCUGGUAGAACACUUCCAUCAACAUCAGAUUACACAGAUAUAACUCAAUUAUUGGAAGAAGAACCAGUACAGGCGUACAAUAUAACACAAGCUCGUGUUUUUGAACGAUACAACGAUCUGUCAUCAGCGGGAGCGCGGGAAAAAUCAUCCUUAUUUUUCGCAAUUAUUGUAUUUGUAAAAAUGUGUUAUUUUCUAUGAUAAUGUUAAUAAAAUAAAUUACGUAAAAAUGAGAGUUCGAUGUCCAUUACCUUGUAAUCAUUA